UUAUCUUACCUUGAAGGCAUCACUGAGAUAAGUCUUAUUGAUACGGUGAGCAGAGCAAGCUCACUCUAAAGGAGAAUACACAUUUGGGGUAGCCAUUUGGGCUAGCCUCUUGACUUUUUGGCCACCAUGUGGGAGUUCCGUUCCAUGUCGUUCUGGCGGGCAGUGUUCGCUGAGUUCUAUGGCACCAUGUUCUUUGUGUUCUUCGGUCUGGGGGCGGCUCUGCGCUGGACCACCGGGUCCCACAACGUUCUCCACGUGGCUUUCUGCUUCGGCCUGGCCGCUGCCACCCUCAUCCAGUCCAUCGGUCACAUCAGUGGUGGACACAUCAACCCGGCUGUCACCUUUGCCUACUUGAUUGGCUCCCAGAUGUCCCUGUUCCGCGCUGUCUUCUACAUCGUGGCCCAGUGUCUGGGGGCGCUGGCUGGGGCCGCUGUGCUCUACUCGGUCACCCCCAACAACAUGAGGGGCAACCUGGCACUCAACAUGCUGCAGCCAGGUAUCAGCCUGGGCAUGGCCACCACCGUGGAGCUGUUCCUCACCCUGCAGCUGGUUGUCUGCAUCUUCGCUGUGACCGACGAGAGGCGUAACGGACGCCUGGGCUCUGCCGCCCUGGCCAUCGGCUUCUCUGUCCUCAUAGGACAUCUGUUGGGGAUGUACUAUACUGGUACUGGAAUGAACCCUGCCAGGUCCUUCGCCCCCGCUGUGCUGGUCAGAAAAUUUGUCAACCACUGGGUGUACUGGGUGGGUCCGAUGAUUGGCGGUGCUAUGGGAGCUAUUAUCUAUGAUUUCAUGCUGUUCCCCCGCAUGCGCAGUCUCUCUGAGAGGAUGGCCAUCCUGAAGGGUACCAGGCCCCCAGAGGCUGAGAGCCAGCAAGACGCCAGAGGAGAGCCCAUCGAGCUCAAGACUCAGGCCCUAUAAGCCUGGUGAAGAAGGUUGGCUUUCUGAACUCCAUAUUCCCCUAUUCUGUACACAAACCUCCUCCGAACCCUCAACCCUACCCAACACACAUUUCUCUUCCUCUCUAACCCACACACCCACAUAGUACACACAGACCAUCACGACAACUCCACCUUACUCACCCUCCUCAUCCUUACUCUGCUGAUCCAGAAACAGUACAUGCUGAAUUACUGGGCAGCCAAAGCUCUAACCCUCCUCCAAACUGUGAACUAUGACCCCCUCCCCCCCUUGGACUGCAGGACAAAGAUGGAGGGUAAGAAGAGGACUUAGUGGCCACUGAAGAAGGCACCCUGCUGCGGCCUGUUGUGUAGGGAGUGGGUCAGUCCUGGCUGACCAGGUGGCUGUAACUGCUCAGGACAGGGGCAUCUCUUCUUUUCUAUCUAUAUUUUGUAGUCUGCUAGGAGUGUAGCUACAGUAGAGCAGUGAACUUCAUGCUUUUUCCAUUUUUUUAUGAAACUUCUGGUACCUGAUGUGUAUGUUAUUAUUAUGCCCUUGAAGAAUUUCUAGGGAUUCUUUUCAACUCUAGUUAUAUUUUCAAGUCAUGCGUUGUGUUGUUUGUGCGUGUUUUAGGAGACCAUUUUUAUUUUUUUCAUUAACAAUUCCUUUGUUCGUCAUCAUGCUGUUUUACAGUACGUAGUUUACCUUUAUUUAACUAGGCAAGUCAGUUAAGAACAAAUUCUUAUUUACAAUGACAGCCUACGGGGGAACAGUGGGUUGACUGUUCAGUGACAGAACAACAAAUUUGUACCUUGUUCGACUGCAGCCUAUUCUAAGGGAAAGAAGCAUCUUUUGUCCCCCUCUUCCUUCAAUGAAAGUUCUGAUUCAUUACUAGCAACAUAUUUAGAGUGCUCCCCUUUUGUCCAAAAGCCCUUCCAUUUUUAGCUGUCUUUUUAAAAAUUGUUCUGUCUAAUUGUAGACUGUCUCUUCUAGGGGAGCACAAACAGUCAGAUUUAUAUGAAAAUUAACACACAUAAAAACUCAAUCUCCAUUUCUAUUUAAACACAUUAUCUUGACAUUGUAUAUUAUUUUUCAUUUAGUAUUACAAAUUUCCACUUCUUUGACUUGAUGUCUCUCGUCAACUUUGACUUUUUACAGCCAUGAUAAGUGCCUGAAGACAUAAAAGGGUUUCUACUGUAUGCAGUUAAGUACCAGUAUUAUCUGUGCCAGACUGUUAUGUUUUACUCUGUUUCUGGAAUGCUGGGUUUUUUUUUUUCAUUAAAGAUUUUGCUGUUACAGCGGUUUCAUGUACAGGCGUGUGAUAGCUGGAUUGGCUUUUAUUUUGUGUCAUUUU